AUGGCUGAUCGUAUGACACAGUUGCAAGAUAUGAUCAACGAAAUGGCAUCGUUAAUGACAAAUGCCAUUGGAGUGCUACAAGCGACAGCUCCACCGUGCGAAUUCGAUGCAAUUUCUCAAGAUCAUGAAGAAGAACCAAAUUGUGCUAUUUUCGCUGCAAGUAUUGCUAAAUCUGCAAAGAAUAUCGAGAUUUUAAUCGACUCAUUUCCAAUCGAAGCAGGAAACAUGGAAGAUGAAGUGGAGCAGAAAAUGAUACAAAACGACGCAGUGCAGCGGGAAAAAGUUGGAGAACUCAAGGAAUUGGUUGGAGAAAGUACUCAACUCGUAUCAGCCGUACAAAAGAAACUAUCCGAAAUUUCUCGAGUCCAAAUGAGCUCACGACCCAGCGAGUGA